AUGGACACAGCGGCCUGCGUUGCGCUGAGCGGCACGGCGCGGCCCAGCAAAGGCGGCAAGGGGGGCGGGGCGCCCACCCCGUCGACGGGCGGCUCGACCUACCCGGGCGGCAGGGGCCCGCCGCCGCCCCGUAAGAGCGUGCCGCCCUCCAGCAGGAAGCCCCGGCAGCGUGGCUUCCUCAACACGCUGCUCUGCUGCUUCGGGAGCAAUAACCAAGGUGCUAGCAACCCCGUGAUUGCCGAGGAGAAUGGCCAGUACUCGCCCAAGCCGCAGCAGCAGCAGCAGGUGUCCUCCAAGCGCCAGCAGCAGGCCCCGCCAUGCGGUGCCUCGCCUAUUGCCCAGGUGCAGCAGAACCAGGUGGCAGCCCCCGUGUUGGCACGCGAGUGUGCUGCCCAGGAGUACACCAAGAUCAGUAACACCAACCUGCUGCAGGGCAAGUUCCUGCUGCCACCUGUGCGGCAUCAGGACAUGCACAAGAUCUGCCUCAUCAUUGACCUAGACGAGACAUUGGUCCAUAGCUCAUUCAAGCCCAUCAGCAAUGCUGACUUCGUGGUGCCUGUGGAAAUUGACGGCACAGUGCACCAGGUGUAUGUCCUCAAGAGGCCUUACGUGGACGAGUUUUUGCAGCGAGUCGGCGAUGCCUACGAAUGUGUCUUAUUCACAGCCAGCCUUGCAAAGCACAUUUGGGCACACAUGGACAGACGGACCAACAGAGCAGAGCGGAGUCUGCCACUUGCUUCGAGCAGUCACAAUCAUCGCUUCUAUGCUGAUCCUGUGGCUGACCUGCUGGACAAGUGGGGUGUCUUCCGGGCACGGUUAUUCCGGGAGUCCUGUGUCUUCUACCGAGGAAACUACGUCAAGCGUUUUCCACCUGUGCAGGACCUUGGUCGACUGGGCCGGGACCUGCACCGGGUGGUGAUAAUUGACAACUCGCCAGCCUCGUACAUCUUCCAUCCCGACAAUGCAGUGCCUGUGGGCUCAUGGUUCGAUGACAUGUCGGACACGGAGCUGCGGGACCUGAUGCCGUUCUUCGACAAGCUGAGCCGCGUCGAGGACGUGUACACGGUGCUGCGCAACUCCAACAAUGCGGCUGGCGGCGGCUCCCCGGCCUUCCCUGCACCACUGAUGAUGAACGGCAGCGCAGCGGCUCUGCACAGCAGCGGUUCCUAGCAUUCCGCACUGUAAAAUGCUCCCUGUCUUGUGCAAUAGCCCCCUCCCUUCUCCGCCGGCAGUACAAAAGCGCUUACGGGUCCCGUGCUAGUCUUUGAAAGACUCUCGCCGCCCCGGGCAGCGGCCUACUUAACGUCGGAGGGGGGGGGCUGCCCCUUUGUGCCUUGUCUCUUCCCCGGUGGAGAGUUUGUAUAAUAACGGUGUUCCAUAAUCUCACCUGUAUCAUAGAUUAAAGACGACUAUUUCAGCUUGCA